CGUCUCGGGCUCGGCGUGACGACCGACCUCUCCUUCCCUGUCCAGGUGCGCGGCGCUCCAGCCAUCGCCAUCGUGGGCUGCCUCAGCCUGGCCGUUGAGCUGCGGGCGGGCGCCGGGGGCGACGACCCCGUAACCUUCAUCAGGGAGUCUCUGUGUCACCUCACUUCAGCCAGGCCCACCGCCGUCAACAUGGGCCGAGCCGCCCGCGAGCUGAUGGACAAAGUCGACUUUUCAGUAAAAGACUGGAUAAAUUAUUAUAAAGGUUUGGUUGUAAAAAGACGAAUUUAUUCCUUUGCACUAAAUAUUUUCCAUAUACUUCCACCCUGCAGUGUCAUCUCAUGGAUCGAAGACAUGCUGGAGCGCGACGUCAACGACAACAGGAAGAUCGGCAACUACGGAGCCCAGCACAUCCUCUCGGGUGUCCCGAGGGACUCUGUCACCAUCCUCACGCACUGCAACACCGGGUCGCUGGCCACGGCCGGAUACGGGACGGCGCUCGGCGUGGUGAGGAGCCUCCACGGCCUGGGCCGGCUGAAGCGCGUGUACUGCACGGAGACGAGGCCGUACAACCAGGGCUCCAGGCUGACGGCGUACGAGGCGGUCGCAGAGGGCAUCCCUGCCACGCUCAUCACGGACAGCAUGGCGGCCCUCACCAUGAGGGAAAUGGACAUCACAGCUGUGGUGGUGGGUGCUGACCGAGUCGUCGCCAACGGUGACACAGCCAACAAGGUGGGCACGUACCAGCUGGCCAUCGCCGCAAAGCACCAUGGGAUCCCUUUCUACGUGGCUGCACCCAGCACGUCGUGUGACCUGAGCCUUGAGAGCGGCCGGGACAUCAUCAUUGAAGUGCGGCCCCCUGAGGAGCUCACCAGUAUAAACGGAGUCCCCAUCGCGGCGCCCGGCCAUCGGAGCGCCAUGCUGGGGAGGCCUCCUCAGUCAAACGCACUACCUCUCAAGCGCCAGGCUGCAGCAGAGCGAGCCGAUUCGAACAAAACAAACCUGGACUGA